AUGUUAACAGCCAUUCCUCCUACUCCUACUCCUACUAAUACUAUUACGACGAAUAUGAAUAUGCCUACAGCAUUGCCCCCAUCAGGGCCGAUAUCCGCAUCUGAUCGACUGCAAGAUGCGAAACGACGGUUUGCCUCCAUGGAUGGAUUUUCUCUUCUCCGCAGUGCAGGGAACUCAUCCCCAACACCCCGUUUUGCCUCUCCACAUACACCGAAUCCCUAUCAUACCAUUAGCAGCAGUAAUAGUAAUCUUUCCACUAAACAACAAUACCAACACCAUCAACAACAACAACAGCAACAACAAGAACAACAAAAGGGAAGAAGUAAAGGAUUACAAAUUGCUGGACUCUCUAGUAUACAUCAUCCACAUGUACGAGAUUCCGAAACCAAUAGUCUCUUAACAUGGACGUUAUUGAAUUCCCCUUCUCGCGCUACACCUAUUCAUGCAGUGAAGCCAACUUCAACCACUACUACAACUACUACGAAUACGAAUACCACAACAGGGAGAAUACGAACAGGAAUCAUUUCAACAGAUCCACAGCCAAUAUCUGCAGGCGUUCUUAUCCCCUCCUCUUCCCGCACAAGAGCAUCUUCUUUUACGCCUAUUAGUGUGAAUACUGCUGGUGUUGCUGGUAUUGCUGGUGAUGUGCAUAGUAAGAAGAAUGAUUCUCCAUCGCUACCAUCAUGUAUGAUACUGCAGAGUAGUAGAAGUGGUAGUAGUGAUGAAUUCGCUGUUCUUCCUUCAUCUGACGAUCAAAAUAAUAAUAAUAAUAAUAAUAAUAAUAAUAAUAAUAAUAAUACUCAUAAGGGUCCUUAUGUGAGUGAUGUAGCCUUAUAUGAGACCUAUAAACAGUACUGUAAAGAACAACGUGAAGAAGCACAAAAGAAAGAGGAGGAAUACCGUCGUCGAUGUAAUGUAGCACGUGAAGAGUUAAUGCGAUUUGUAUCUCGUGCCGCUCAGUUAAGUAGUUCAAUAGAAUUACAACGGAGAAUAUACACACAAGCCAUGCAACAACCACUUCAUAUCGUUACUGGAGAGAAAUGGGGAAUGAUGGGAAUAACAGAAGAAGUUGCUAUUCCACAGAAGUUAUCAUUUUUCCCAAAACUCAUCACUCCAGGAAAAACAAUCACAACAACAACAACAACAACAGGAGGAAGAGGAGGAGCAGUUGUAGCACCUUUAUCACCAUUAGAUGUUAAUAUUGAGCAUAACACUGCGGUACCAGGCAUUGGUGAAAGUAGAAAUAAUAACAAUAACAAUAAUAAUAUCAAUAUGAAUAUGAAUAAUAAUACUGCUGGUGGUGCUCAAAUUGCAUUAUCACUGCUAAAGUCAAGGUUUGCUGCGGGAUCUCUCUUGUCUGGUGAUGUGAUAGACACGAGGUUCUCUGGACAGACGGCUAUGAAGAGAGGAAUACCAACCCAAGUUAAUACACCACCUUUAGAGACAUUAAAAGUGGGGAAUGGAAUACAUGUGAAUAACACAAAAGCAACAACAGCUCAGAGUGGCAAUAAUCAUAAUAAUAACAAUAAUAGUAAUAAUCUGAAUAACGUUAAUGACUCUAUAGAGGAGGAUAUGGGAGGAUUAGGAGCACCGCGUAUACCUUCAUCCUCUGCUAUUACCGCUACUGUAGAUUAUACCGAUAGUAAUACCGGAAAUGACACAAAUAUGUUUAUGCGUGAUAAAUCUACAGGAACAGUGGUGUACAAUAGCCGUUUAUCUCACAAUCGUCAAACUAAGAGAGAUCGCCACAGUUCCUUACAUCAUCAUCAUCAUCAUCAUCAUCAUAAUAAUAUUGCUACUUCCUCUGAAGGGCCAUUAGAACCAUCGACAGUCUCCCCCACCGGGACGGAUCAUGAACGGGAGGAACAACAAAAAGCCCUUCAACUCCUUUCACUUGUUCGUCUCUUACGCCGACAGACGGAGGAUCUCACAAUGCAACUUCUCCACGCCACUGGGGAAUGGGGAUGUUGGGAGAAUGCAGAGAAAUCACGGAAUAGUAUCUACUGCGGUCUAUUUCUCACACCAGAGAUGGCAGCACGUGUGGAGGAAGAAGAGAGGGAAGCGGAAUGUCGUCUCGCACAACUAACAGCAGCAAUCAAAACAACAACAACACCAAGAGGAAGAAGAAUCAUAGAAGAAGAAGAAAGAGAAAGAGAAAGAGAACAGAAAGGGAAAUCGCAGUCCAUGCUGGAAACAUUAUUACUGCAUUGUCCAUUUAAACGUAAACUACCACCGCCACCACCAGUCUCUGUGCAGCUGGAAAUGUCUGCAUUGCGUGGACAUCACAUGAUGGCGCAUGGAAAGUCCCCAUCUCGACAAGCGUAUCAUCAUCAUCACGAAGAAGAACGAGAAGGAAAAGGAAAAGGAAAAGAAGAAGAAGAAAAGAAAAAUAACAAAGAUACCAUACACGAAGAUAAUGAAGAGGAGAUGAUGACAAGGAAAGAGAAGAAGAGGAACAAGAAGGAGAGAAUGGAUAAGAGAAUAAAAGAUGCAGAAGAAGAAGAAGGAGGAGAAAGAGAAGGAUACAGCAAGUCCUCCUGGUGGCCACAACUUCAGAAACUUCUUUUGCCAGAGAGUACAGAGAACACACUUCUCGUGGAUCCAAAGAAAGAGGAAAAACAACAACAACAACAACAACAAUGCGAAGUGGAUCAUCCUUCACAUCUUCCAUCAACUCCCGCAACAAAAACAAUACGAAGAACAACUGAAAAGAAAAUGGGAAAUACAGAAAACCCCUCAUUAGAUCCGGUGAAAUCCCUAAGCGGAUCUGGUGGGAUUCAACCACGAAAAUUUUGUCUCACUCUAUCAUCAUCAUCAUCUUCUUCAUCUUCUUCUUCAACGACGAGUUAUUCUUCUAAUGAGUCUAGUAAUGAGGAUGAUGGGGACGAAGAGAGUACUAAUAGUAAUAGUAGUAGUAGUAGCUAUACAAGCUCUUCCACCUAUAGUUCUGAGAUAGAGGCAGGAGAGAAGCAUCAUCUCAACAAGGAGGGAAAGGAAACAAAACCAGAAGAAGAAAAAACGAGUGAAGAAGUCCUACAAGAUUCUCCUUUACCAUCUAAACCACCCAGUGAAGGAGGAAAUCCAAAGGAAGAAGAAUUAUUAUUUUCUGCGAGAUCAUUAGAUGAUGAACCACGUCAGGUCUCUGGUUCCUCCGAUAAUACGGCUAUUUGGCCAGUCUUUCAUGCUGAGGAGGUCUGUUUGGGGAAUCCAUGUAGAGAUAAUAAGAAGUCUAAUGUUAACAAGAAGAAUAUAAUAAAGCGUGUGUUUGGAUUCUUCUCUCAUGGAAUAUGCAGCCGAAGCAGUGGGAAAGGGGCAGUAGCGGAAAAGAAAAGAUCACAAGAAGGAAAGAAAAAAUAA